AUGACGCCCACCACCAAUCUCCGAGUCCUCGCUGUCUCCCUGCUCUCCCUCCUUACUGCCCCACUUACCACUGUUGUGGAGACCUCUCCGUCCCCUCCUCCUCAGCACAUAGACCGCUCAGGGAGGCCGUUCACCGAGCAGCCCAAGACCGGCCCCAGCCCCUCCCUCCUGCUUCUCGCCUUGCAGGCCAAUAUCAUUCCAGCUGCUCUCCAAGGCAGGAGCAGAACCCCUGAAAAACUUCCAGAAACCUCAGAGGGAGUUCUUGAGACACCUCCGAAACCCCUUCCCCAGGUCAUGUUCCCCAAGAAUGUGACUUCAGCGGAGGCCCUCGCACCUCCCUUAGGCGCAGCCCAGGUAGCGCCCAUUCCACCCCGCCUGAUGGAUGUAUGGAUGGAUGUAUGUCGGGGGUAUUAUGACGUAAUGGGACACUUUGACAGCGCUUUCAACUGCUCCAAGGACACCUUCGUCUUUUGCUGCGGAACCUGCCACUACCGCUUCUGCUGUCCCGAGCGAAGCCGGCAACUGGAGCAGGACAGCUGUAAAAACUAUGACUCUCCUGACUGGGCCAAGCCACAAACAGACUCCAUGAUUUUAUCAGAGGAAUUAGGUCCUGACCCAGACUUUGAUCCACUGAAGCAGCAGAGCCACAACACGGGCUUUGUCAUCGGAGGUGUGGUUGUGUUCAUGGUGGCUGUCGCUGUGGGCAUCAAGGUGGUCUUCAACAAGGUGCAACAGGAAGCCAACCAAAGGGACCUCAACAUGCCCAGAGCCCUGGUUGAUAUGUUGCGGCACCAGUCCAGCCCAGUCCAGCAGGAUGAGAGAAACAACAGCGUGGCUCUGGCCGUAGGAGACGGACAGGGGACACUGGGGAGACCACCAAAAAACCUUUAUGCCCCAGGACUGCCCAGCAAGGACAACAGAUUGGGCAAUUUGCAACACAAUUUCAUCCACUCAUCAGGCUCCAGCCCCAAACACACCGCAACUAUCGAACGCACCCCUCGAAUGAACAAUGCUCAGCUGGCAGCUGGAGGCACCCUGCUCUCCAGUAAACACAACAACACCAAAUCCCAGCCUUCCUUCCACCACUCCCUGCACAACCUGGCUCAGCUGCCGCCCUCCUAUGAGAGCGCCACCAAGCCUGAGCUCAACAGAUACUCCUCACUCAAACGCCUUGAAAAAGGUCUUGAUGAGUACUCGUCUGGUUAUUGCACCACCAAGCGCCGGCCUCACACAGCCCAGCCGGCCCUCCAGUCCUCUCAGCACCACCUCCACUGGGGUGGAGACUACACCCUCAGUGGGAGAGGCACCCUCCCCAGGCAUGCAGUCCGCCCCUGGAUCCCGCCACCGCCUUCUGGCAUGCCUGCCUCACCCACCCCCAAUCCUUAUCCUCUGGAUCCCCCAGAGCCACAGUACAACCCCAAUUACGACACGCUCUCCAAGCCCCCGAGGAAAGUGAAGUCCACUGACCAGCUGCUCAAUAUGGGUGACGUCCCUGGCAACACAGGGACCCUGUCCAGGCUGUCCAAGAACCAGCAACACCAGUACUACAAAGCCAUGGCUGCCUCCAAUAAGAACUCCAACACGCAGACCCUCACCAGGAAGACCCAGGACAGGAGAGAAGAGAGGCAGGAGCGGCUGCUCAUGUCCCCGGACCACUUAGAGGAGAGGAUGGGGGUCGGCGGGAUGGGGGUUGUAGAUCCAUACGCCCACACAGGAGGCAUUGUCCCCACACUGCCUCGCCAGCAGAAGGCUCAGUCCCAGCAGAACGUCUGCGCCACGCCCUCCCUGGACCGGCACCACAUGAUCAAGAUGAACUCUCACCCCACGUCCGGACGAGAGCAGGACAGGAACCCGGCCAUGACGGGGCACAUGAGUGGGGGCAUGGGCUGGGCAGGGGAGAUGCCCGGGGCGGGGGUAGUCAUGGGAACGGGAACACUAGGGGGCCACAGUGCCAGGAGGAUGGCUUUUGCAGCGAAAAGGCAGAACACCAUUGAGCAGCUACAUUUCAUACCGGGAGGGGGCGGUGGGGGGUCAGGAGGAAGUGGAGGAGGAAGUCAGGGGAUCAGGACGGGGAGUAAAAAUGAGGUGACAGUGUGA